AUGGAGUUUAUACCCCCCAAAAGGACACCUCCAAUCACUUUUAUGGCUUUAGAUUUUAAGCUCACUAGCAGCGGUGGCAUCAUCAUAGUUGUGCAUCUUUCACAGCCUAUUGUUGUGAAGCGGACCUGUUUCCUCGUUAUGCUUGCGCUCUUUAGGACGUCUUCCUUAUCGGGGCAUGCGACCUUAUUCAAGAUUGAUCCUGCCGCCUUCACGAGUGUUGGUAAUCUCAAUCUAACCUUUACCAAUCCUCCAGAGACUUGGAGCUGUGUUCUUUGCCGCAUAGCGACGGCAACAUAG